UAUCAAUUCCUUUUCCUUCCGGGCUCACCACUGUGGCUCGUUGUCCGAUUUCUCGCUGCUCCUCAGUCUACCUACACGACUAACGUUCCCUACGUUUCAUUUAUCAGCGAAUAUUUGCCCUGUACUAAGCCUAGCCAACUACGGAACUGCUCCUGAGCUUUGCAAAAGAGCUAGGGCGCCCUGUGCGGGCGCCUGUGAAGGCCCUUUCUAGAAAAUGUUUGGUGCUUACGCACGUGUAACUAAUGACGACUCGGACGAUGAAGGAGGCACAGCAUCACGGCUACUGCGCGAAACUGCAGCUGGCCCACCUCCCUCCGUGGCGCCUGCAGUAGUCACCAGCACAGCCUCGCUACGAGGCCGCACCCAGCAGGCGGUGCAGCAGCGCAAGGGCGGCCCCGCCAGCGGCUCCGGCGGCUGGCUCGACGGCAGCGCGGUGGGGGCAGGGCCCGCGUCAGCGGCCUCCACAUCGGCAGCCGCGACAGCUGGCGCAGCCAACCUCAUAGACUUCAGUGAAGACGCGGUGCCCCCUCGUGCUGCGGGCGGGAGACCGGACAGCAAGACGCGCGGCGGGCGGGCGGCGGCGAAGCAGGAUGUGGAGCUCGUGUGCAUGAACCCAACGGACCCAUUUGAGUUCCUGGUGCAGCAGACUGCGGCGCAGCCGCCGCCGCCCACCUACACCGGCUCGCCAGACGCCAGCGUGGCGGCGGCGCGGCCUCAGGGGCAGCACCCGCUGGACUUUGGCUUUGACGACCUGGCGUCGGGCGGAGCAACCUCCUCCAGCACAGCGCCGGCCGCGGCACCAGCGGGCGGCGCCGCCUCGUUGUUUCCCAACUUCGGCACUUUCACGGACCUCUUAGGCUCGAUGACCGGAUCUGCGCCGGCUGCUGUGCCGUCGACAUCGGGUCAUGGCACGGAUUCAGCAUCAGCCGCAGCCGCCGGCGGCGGCGGCGGCGGCGGGGGCAUGUGGGGUUUCGGCGGGACGACAGGGGCGGGGCCGAUGGCCAAAGGGCACGCACACUCGCAGAGCGCCGCCGGCAUUGACGACUUGCUGGCACAGCAGCGCGCGAUGCGGGAGGCGGCGGACGGCGUGGGCGGCGGUGCAGGCGGCGGCUCCGGGACGGCGGCGGCGGCGGCGGCGGCGGCUGGGGCGGGCGGCAGCCGUGGCGGCCCACAGCAUGGGCUGCCGCCGCAUGGUCACGGGCAACACCGGGCGCCGGCAGUCUUCGACCCUUUCGGCGACUGCAGCGCCCCCAGCAACGGCUCCUACGGCCCUUCAGGUGCCCCGGGGGCCAGAGCGGGAGCCUACUACUCCGCCGGGGGGCGCGGCAGCGCUGCCGGGUCGGGUGACGAGGCAGCCGGCGGCGCGCACGGCCGCGGGAGAGCGGCUGGCGGUGGCGGCGGCACGGCUGGGGCGGCCCUGGCGCCUGGGGAGGACCCUGUGGAGCCGGGCGGCGGCGGAGGCACGGGCUACGCUGUGGGCAGUCGCGAGCUGCUGCUGUACGCGGUGCCGCUGUUCAAGGACCGGCUGGUGUUCCUGCCGGUCGUGACCUGGAAGGACGAGGAGGACACCAGCACCGUGAUGGGCAAGGUGAACGCGGGUCUCAACGGCGUGCAGCAGUCCAUCAGCGGCAUGUGGCACAGCCUCAAGGACAAGGGCAACCUGCCCGCAAAGAUCUACAAGGCCGGUCAGGCCAUACUGGAGAACAUGAAUGCGGAGGAGCGCCUCAUGCGCAACAUCCCCAAGAGGGCCAACAAGCUGGUGGUGCACCACCCCGCCUGUGUGCCGCCCGACGAGAUCCAGGACCAGCUGACCGCCCUCACCUCCACCUUCUGCUACAAGUCAGCCGGCAAGGCGGCGGCGGCGGGCGUCAUGCUGCCCGUGGCCGUGGGGCUCGAGCUCAUCGCGGUCCCCGGCAUCGGCUGGUACACCGCCUACCAGCUGUUCAAAUCCACCUCGGCGGCAGCUGGCGGCAGCCGCCUCAACAACUACCUCAAGUCGGACAAGCGCGAGGUCCGCAUCUGCUAUUCGCCCGAGCCCAAGAUGGACCUGUAUAUCCUCAAGGCGCGCCUCAGCCCGGACGGCGUGCUGGGCGGCGAGGACAUUGAGGACUUCUGCCACGACCUCAGGGAGCCGCAGCUGCUGCACCCGCUCACAGAGCUGCGCAACAGGCACCUCAAGAAGACGCAGACCAUGAACGCCGACUAUGCGCUGUUACCCAUGAACGCGCCCGACGGCGAGGACCCCUACAGCGCCAGCGGCGGCGGCGCGGCGGCCGGCGGCAAGAAAAAGGACUAGGGCGGGCCGCACGUAGGGGUGCCUCGUGCUGGGGGGCUGAGACGGCGGACCUGGAGGUCCAGGACACAGGCCAGGCGCAGGCGGCAGCGACAGAGGCGCAGGCGGAUGUGACAGAGGUGCAGGCGGCAGCGACAGAAGCGCAGGUGCAGGCGUGGACAGGCGCGGGCGGCAGCGACAGAGGCGCAGGUGUGCAGGAGUGGACAGGCGCAGGCCUUGCAGAUGCAGGAGGCAGAGGCGCAUGCGUUAAAAGGCAUACCGGUAUUGGAGCUUUGGAGUCGCAAGAGCCAGAGUAGAGGCGUUAGGGGCAUAUUGGAGCUUUGGAGGUGCAGGUGGACACGGGACUGCAGGGCCGGGAAUCGCUCACACACACGUUUCGACACGGGCGCCACACAGACGUUUUGACAGUGCCGCGGACAGGGGAGCGAUGCAGGCGUCGCAUGGUCGUGGGCGUGGGCGUGGGCGUGGUUGGAGGCGUUUGGGACGGCGAUGGUGGUGCCCGUGUGCCCGUGUGUUGAGGGCACCGGGCGGCAUGGCGCGUAGCGCCGUGGCAGGAGGGCGGGAGGGCGGGAGCCGGGACUGGAGCGUUGAAUGGGUGUGCAUUACUGGUAUGCAUUGAUGGGGGCAAGACGUAGUUGACUAGUAUGAAGGGGGAUAAAGGGGAAUAAGGGGGCGUUAGGGGUUGAGUGGGCAGCGCAUUGGCAUGCCACGCCACGGCUGCAGCGCGGCACGGGGCGUAGGAUUGACACAAGGCUAGAAGCUGCAGAAUUGCACAGCGCGGGCGAUUUGCCGUCGGACAUGUUGGGGGCUGCAAGGGUGUGUGUACGUGUGUGGUGGUGCACGCACCCUAAAAAGUUGAUAAGCACGAAUUAGGUAUUUGUGGGGUGUUCAGCGUGGGUGUUCAGGCAGGGAAUGCGUUUUGCAUGCCUGGCGCGUCAGUUGAACUUGUUAAUUGGGCUCUCAUGCUAGCCCGUGCGUUGCUAGCCCUGGACAUGCGAUUAUGCGAUAAGGGAUCGUCUGUAAGCACUGGCGAGG